AUGGGAAGAGUAGAAGAUAUUUUACAAGUUAUUAAAGAUGAUGAAAAAAUUGAUGGGAAAACAUUAAAAGUAGUAAUAAUGACUUUAUACAAAGUCUUUUUAUUAGAAAAUUCAAAUAUACAAGAAGAAAUAAAAACUAUAAAAGAGAUAUUAAAAAGACAUAAUGAAGAAAUUAUUUCGCUUAAAAACACAUCUAAAAACAACCAAGAAGAAUUUGCUAAAAUUAAUGAUAAUAUUAAAAAACUAAUAAAUUAUAUUAAAAAUAUAUCAAGUUCAAAACAAGAUUAUAUCUCUCCUGAAAAAGAAAAUAAAAAUCAACCAAUAAAAGAAAUAACUAAUACAUCUUCUUUUCCUAUUACUCCUCGUUCACCAAAUAAAAAAUCAGAAUUUAAACCUCUUCAAACAACUAAAAUUGAUGAACAAAAAAAAGAAAAUAUUUCACAAAUUCUUAAAGAAAAACAAUUAAAAGAAGAUAAUAAUAUUGAACCAUUUAUUGGAACUAAAGAACAAUAUAAUGUUAUUGGUAAAUUUACUCAAACUAUUACUGAAUGGGUUGGAUUAUCAAAAUGCAAAGUUAUUUAUGAUUCUCUUUCUGAAAGAAGUAUUAACAAAGAAGAAACAGGUAAAUCAUUUGGUGAACAUGUUAUGAAUAAACCAAAUAUUUGUUUUUUUAAUUUUGAUGAAAAUGAAAAUGUAUUUGGUGUUUUUACUUCAAAAGAAAUUACUGAAUUUGAUUCAGAAGAACAUGACGAUUCUAUGUUUUGUUUUCUACUUAAAACUAAACGAAUUAUUAGUGUUCCAAAAAAAUGGAAUAUUAAAAAGUCAAUUAAUUGUGCUAUUUCUAUAAAACGAGAUAGUUCUGUUUUAUAUUCAUUUGGUCAAACUACUGGAAAUGGUUUUGUUGAAAUUGCUAAAACAUGGUUAAAACAAAGUUGGUCACAUAAUAUUUCUUCUUCUUUUCUUGCAAUGAAUGAAAAUGCUUUAGUAGGCUCUAAUGAUUCAACAUUUACAGUACAAAGAAUUAUUGUUUUAGAAUUUUAUUAA